AUGGACGACGAAACAAUGUGUGAGUUAUUUCUUGAAGCUGAUAAACUUUUGAAUGGUAAUACUGACAUACAGACGACAAUUAAAAAUUUCCCAGAAUACCAUCAAUAUUGUCCCGAUAAUAAAAAAUGCUCAAAUAGGGCUGAAAGUAUUGGUGCUUUGAGCGCGUUUUUAUUUACGAAUUUUUACAAUACAGAAAGCAGUUAUUAUGAACAUUUUAUGAUGUGGUUAGGUCAUUAUUUAUUUAAGAUAGCCAAAAAAAGAAAAAAUGUAAACUUAAAUAUAAUGACUUUAAGUUCGGCUUAUAACAAAUAUUUAGAGAAAAGUACGGGUAAUCUUAGUCAAUGGAAUAUUAUAAAUGAUCUAAGUGGUGUGAAAGAUCCUAAUCUUAGGCAUAUGAGUGAAUUGUAUACGUUACUUAAACAUAUAUGUAAUACAUUUGCAUAUUAUAAAAAAAAUAAAAAUAAUAAAAUAAAAACUGUGAAUCUUCUUCAGAAUUCUGUAAAUUGUCUUAAUCAAUAUAGAAACCUUUACAAAACUUUUUCUAAAGAUGAUUCAUAUCUACCUCUAUUGGAAAAAUUAAAAAAAAUAUAUGACGACUUUAGAACUUCUGCUAUUAAUGAUGAUAUUGAUAAAAAAAAUAAUAUAGAAAAGCUCCUUCUAGAACUUACACCAAUAAAUGAAAAAGAUUCACAUUCUAAGAACAAUUUAAAAACGCUUGACUCUAAUGGUUCAAAUGAUCAAUUGCAAUAUGAGAAUACAUCCGAAAUUUCAAAGGAAAAAAACACUCCAAAGGAGCAAAAAGAUCCUAAAAUCGAAGGGAAGAAUAAUGAACAAAGCAUCAAACUACAAAAUUCAGUGGAUCAAACAUCAAGCCAAAGAGAAGAACCAUCAGUUACAGAAGUUGAAUUAAAAAUAUCAGGAAAUGAAGAAGAAGAUAGUGGAAAAUCACAAGAAGACUCUGAAGAACAAACAAAUACAAAUUUAUCAACGAAAACGAACAAUCAAACAGUAGUUCAAGAACAAUCUGGUGCAGAACCAGAACCACAGCUAAAAUCACAGACAGAAUCACCACCACCACCACAAGCACAACAAGCACAAGCACAACAAGCACAAGCACAACAAGCACAAGCACAACAAGCACAAGCACAACAAGCACAAGUACAACAAGCACAAGCACAACAAGCACAAGCACAAGCACAACAACAUCAACCAUCAUUGUCACAACAAGAACCAGAACAAGAACAAACACAGAUAGAAUCACAGAAAGAAUUAGCACCACAACAAGAAUCAUCAACAUCAUCAUCGUCAGAAACAAAAAAACAAGAACAGCUAGAAUCUCCAUCUACACAAGAAAAUUCAUUGACGAAACCUGUAAAGGGACUUUUAAAUAAUUUCUUUAAACCGUAUUUUUUAUCUUUUUAUGAUACCCUUACUGAUUAUGAGAAUCGUUUAUAUGAAAGUGUAUCAACUAGCUUAACAAAAGGUUAUUCUGCAUUUAAUAAAAUUUCUGAUGAUUUAAUUAAUCAUCUAAAUAAAGUAAAUGAUACAUUACCAUCAGUUGAUAAUAACAUUCACCAAAAAGAUUCGGAAAGUAAUUUAUCUCCAUCUGAUAGUCCAUCAGAAACGCCAUCGUCUUCAUCGACACAAUCUAGUGACAACAAAAUUGAAAGUGAAAAACACGAAACAAAUUUUGAAGAUGGAAGUGAAGAUACAAUAAGUGAACCUGAAGGUGGAAGCCAAGAAAUAAAUUCUGAACAACCAACACCAUCUCCUGAAGUGCCAUCAGAUGGUUCUCCCAAUGUAGCAUCUAGUCUAGAUAUUGGAAUAGGAGAGCCUGGAAUCAAUGUAGAAAAAGGCAUAUUUGAAAUAGGAUUUCCAGGAGGUGUAAUUAAAGGAUACAAAUUACUUGUAUAUGCAGUUAUAAUUAUUGCUAUACCCAUUAUUUUAGCAUUUAUGUAUAGGUAUUUUUCAUUUGGAUGGAGAAAGGAACUGAAGAAAAAAAAAAACAUGAAAAAGGUUAUAAAUAUGUUUGGUGCAAAUGAAAAGACAAAAAGAGUUAUAAACCCAACUGAUCGAAAAAAAAAAGUACAAAUAAUUAUAAAUUUAUUUAAAAAAAAACAGGAUAAAAAGCUUACAAAUUCAUCUACUCAAAAAAAGCAGACUAAGCAGUUUAUAAAUUCCAUUUGCUGGGAAAAAUAUCCAUUAUUAAAUAUAUAUAAACUUAUGGAGGCCAAUCCUGUACCAUUUAUUAUUUUGUAUUUGUUGUUUAUUUUUUAUGUUUAUAGAAGAAAAUACGAUUCUUUAGAAUAA